AUGUCUACCCCCGACCGUGCACCGCGCCCGCCACGGGCGACUAAUUACCUCGUCGAGAAUUCGGAAAAGGCUGACCACCAGUCGGAUACUCCAUUCUUCGGAUGGGAAGAAGAGGAGGGCGAUGUGCCCCAGCAUUGCGACAUGAGCCCUGCUCAACCCUUGCGGACGCCGUGUCCGAUAUCUAAACUAUCGACCUCCGGGGGAAGUGGUGUCAAUACCAAUGACCGCGAAGAGGCACAGAAGCAACAGCUGGAUGCUGUCCGCAAGGCGGCCCCCAUGCGCGUGCAUCCACAGGCGGUUCUUGAUCCCCAUGUGGAUCACGGCUUUCGCUCGGCGGACCCCGCUACGGAAGCGAAGGACGCGAUUACUCGAUCGUUGGGCGUCUACGUAGUCGGACCCUCGAUCACUACACAAGUUGAGCUUGACGAACAAAAUGUUUUUCGAGCUCGCUUCUUAGAAUUAUCGGUGGAUACGUACCGCACUCGACUUCGUGCUUAA